CGGAUAGUUCCUGUGUAGUAAUAAAGAUAUGAACACGUGAACUCACUGAAAACACGCUUUUGCCACCUUUUUUCACCCGACGCACAGUUUAAUUAUUCUUUUUUUUUUUCUCGGCGUGCACGCUGACGUCGGAUUAGUGCUGCGAGCGUGUGACGUCAUACGGGCUGGGUUUAUUGUGGUCCAGGAAUACUUGAUAGGCAGCAGACAGUGUGGGAGCAGCUUCACUCUAAAAGUAAGUUUGUGUUGUGAGUGUGUUCGCCUCCGGUCAGGAUGUCGUACAUGCGAGCAGACAGCGGCUGGUCCCAGCCCGGGGACUUUAACGGCCUUGUCCAGACGUGCAGCUCCAAUAUCCAGAAGAUCAGCCACAACUCCGGUCAGAUCAAGAAUCUGCUCUACCAGCUGGAGACUCGUCAGGAGACGUCGGAGCUGCAGGAGAAGCUCCAGCAACUCCAGCACUACACCAACCAGCUGGCUAAAGAGACAAACAGACACCUGAAGGAGCUCGGGUCUCUGCCUCCGCCUCCUUCUCCAUCAGAACAGAGGCAGCAGAAGCUGAGGAGGGAGCGUUUGAUGAACGACUUCUCCGCAGCUCUCAACAACUUCCAGCUGGUUCAGAGGAGAGCCGCCGAGAAGGAGAAGGAGUCUGUGGUCCGGGCUCGAGCCGGAUCCAGAGUCACAGGAGAUGGAGGAAACGUGAACGAGCAGCUGGUCACAUUUGAAAAAGGAGGUGAGUGGGGUCAGACCCAGACUCAGACAGAGGAGCCCCCGAUCACAGAGGAGGACCUGGAGACCAUCAAGGAGAGAGAGACCAACAUCAAACAGCUGGAGGCUGACAUCAUGGACGUGAAUCAGAUCUUCAAGGACCUGGCGCUGAUGAUCCACGAUCAGGGAGAGACCAUCGACAGCAUCGAGGCGAACGUGGAGGGAGCGGAGUCUCAUGUAGACCGAGGAGCCGCCCAGCUGCAGAAGGCCUCCUACUACCAGAAGAAGUCCCGUAAGAGGAUGUGCAUACUGGCCAUGGUGCUGUCGCUGCUGCUCCUCAUCAUCAUCAUCAUCAUCUGGCAGGCCAUCAAAUGAGGAGAAGCCCCGCCCACUGACACCUUCAGAUGACUUCCAGCAUGUGUGUGUGUGUGUGUGUGUGUGUGUGUGUGUGUGUGUGUGUUUGUAAGAGGAAGAGAGAGUUUUUAUGUAUGUGUGCAUGCAUGCUCUUUAGUCAGCCCAAUCCUAACCUCCUCCUCCACUGCCCCCUUUUGAGGAGGGAUCCAUAAUUCUUGCCUUUUGAAUAUUAAAGGAAGAAUGUGCGAUGUUUUGAUCCAGUAGAUGGCGCCUUUGAGCACCAGCAUCAAACCAAAACAAACUGCUGUUUGGAGACACCUCCGCUCUCCUCCAGAGACACACCUCCAACCCCUCUCCACUCGUGUUCACACAAAGGAGUUAUGAAUUAGAACGCACCAUAAUUAAGCACCAUUAAUCGUAAGAGGCGGACAAAAUUGUCCUUUGCACGACCUGCAAUCGCCUGUGUCCUGCAUUGUUGUGUUAGCAUGCUAAUGUUAGCGCUCUUUAGUUAGCUUCAUAUUGCUCAUAAAUUGACACGGAGUGACAGUGAUCUAAAAACACUAACAUGACAUCCAAAUAAUCAGUGAGUAUGUUCUUCUUCUUCUCUCUAGUUCUUGACUAAAACAGCUUUUAUACACAAGGGGAGGAGCCGGCCGUCCCGUCCAUGUAAACACGGCUCUGACAACAACACAGCCAGCGGGACUCAAGCUUCUCACUCACACACAUAUAUUUAUGUGGAACAUGUCGCACAUUCUUCCUUUAAGUUGGGUAUAGAUUAAUUUAAAUAAAGACUAUAGCACCACACUCCUGAUGUUUGCUGCGUCCGUGAGAGUUUGAUGUUCAGGACUCAGGUGGGAGAUUUGGAUUGGUCCUAUGUCGACAUAAAUCUCACAUUCCUAUAUUAGAGUAUAGAGUAACUUUUAUCACUCCUCUAGUUCUGUGUCUUAUGAAAUGCAAUGUUGCACAAUUUUGUAUGUAGUCCUUUCCAACACUGUCUGUUUAAUAAGAAGUGUCUGUGUAAAGUGUUCUUGUUUCACUGGAUCUGCAGAGUUCAAUACAGACACGCCUGAUGAAGAUC